AUGCUGGUGCACACUUACUCCGCCAUGGAGCGCCCCGACGGGCUGGGCGCCGCGGCUGGCGGGGCCCGCCUGUCGUCUCUGCCCCAGGCGGCCUACGGGCCGGCGCCACCGCUCUGCCACACGCCGGCCGCCGCCGCCGACUUCCAGCCGCCCUACUUCCCGCCGCCCUACCCGCAGCCGCCACUGCCCUACGGCCAGGCGCCCGACGCCGCUGCCGCCUUUCCCCACCUGGCCGGGGACCCCUACGGCGGCCUGGCGCCCCUGGCACAGCCGCACUCGACGCGCCGCGACUACGCCGCCGCGGUGCCGCGGCUCCUGCACGGCCUGGCCGACGGCGCGCACGGCCUGGCCGACGCGCCCCUCGGCCUCCCUGGGCUGGCGGCGCCGCCCGGCCUAGAGGACCUGCAGGCCAUGGAUGAGACGGCAAUGAGUCUUCUGGACCAGUCCGUGAUCAAGAAAGUCCCCAUCCCCUCCAAAGCCAGUAGCCUCUCGGCCCUCUCAUUGGCCAAAGACAGCCUGGUUGGUGGCAUCACGAACCCCAGUGAGGUCUUCUGCUCCGUGCCAGGCCGGCUCUCGCUGCUCAGCUCGACGUCCAAGUACAAGGUGACGGUGGGGGAGGUCCAGCGGCGACUCUCACCUCCUGAGUGCCUCAAUGCCUCCCUCCUGGGCGGUGUCCUUCGCAGGGCCAAGUCCAAGAACGGGGGCCGCUGCCUGCGGGAACGGCUAGAGAAGAUUGGGCUCAACUUGCCAGCUGGCCGUCGCAAGGCCGCCAACGUGACACUUCUGACUUCACUGGUAGAGGGAGAGGCCGUGCACCUGGCCCGAGACUUCGGCUACGUCUGUGAGACUGAGUUCCCAGCCAAGGCAGCUGCCGAGUACCUGUGCCGCCAGCACGCCGACCCCGGGGAACUGCACAGCCGCAAGAGCAUGCUGCUGGCCGCCAAGCAGAUCUGCAAGGAGUUUGCAGACUUGAUAGCUCAGGACCGCUCGCCAUUGGGCAACAGCCGCCCAGCGCUCAUCCUGGAGCCCGGAGUCCAGAGCUGCCUGACACACUUCAGCCUCAUCACGCAUGGCUUUGGUGGGCCCGCCAUCUGUGCUGCCCUUACUGCCUUCCAGAACUACCUGCUGGAGUCACUCAAGGGCCUGGACAAGCUGUUUCUAAGUGGUGCGGGCAGUGGGCAUGGUGACACCAAGGCUUUGGAGAAGGAUGCCAAGCACCGGAAAUAACUGUCUCCCCGGCCUCAUCCCAAAGGGGUUCCCGAGGCCUGAAAUGAGGCCCUAGUUCCUGGGAGAGGGCCCGAAAGGAUUAAAAGGUGGAGCUUGAGUCAGGCCAGAAAGAGAACAUUCAUCCAGAGACCGCUGAGAGGCUGGAGAAGGGGA